GUUGUCACUGUCAGCGGCAGCAGUAGCAAACGGCAGCAGUUGUUGUGCGUGAGGGAAGUGCUCGCCCUCAAACACCCCGUGUAUUUGUGUGUCUCCUGCUGCUGGCUCUGAGACUGUAAGUCAAUCUGUGUGCUCACAUGUGUGUUUGUACUGUACGGCACUAGAGGAGCCGGAGCAGAGCCUGAAGCCGAGCGGGGCUGGAGAGGGGCCGAGGGCCAGCCUCUGCUGCACACCGCCCACUUUACACCUGUCUGUCUGUAGUCUGCGCGGGGCUCUCAUUGUAGCAGUGACAGGGGGGGCGCCCGUUAAGUGGCCUGCGUGUGCGUUUUGUGACUGUGGGGUGGAGAAGGGCGAUGAAGGACCCCUACUGGUAAAGUGGGUAAACUCGCGCAGCCUCGACAUCUGUGAGGAAGGGAGAGGGGAGGGUACGGAGGGAUAGACGGCAGGAGGAGAGGACAGACUGAGUGGGAAAGGAGGAAGAAGGAGAGAGGGAGAGCAGAGUGCAUUUGUGGAGAAAAUGCCUUGCUUCGUGGAGAGAAUUCUUCCAGGGCAGGAGGGAGAGGUGAGGCAGAGCGCUGAGGGCAGUUUGCUGCCAGCUGAAAGGACUUUUUGCACUGAAACGACCUCAGGAAAAUCCAAGAUGGCUGCCAAAAGGAAAGGUGGCCUAAAACUCAACGCUAUCUGUGCCAAGCUGAGCCGCCAAGUGGUGUUCGAGAGCAGCUCCCUGAACGCGGAGGGAGACCAGAGUGUGGCAGAAAACAGCGAGCGCGGCAGCUCCCACUACGACGACAAUGAGACCAACUUCCCAGAGAGCCUGAGCCUAAGUCAGAGCCUGGAAGAGGAUCAGAAGAGACGCGAGGCCAUCGAGAAGUGGGUCAACGGAGAGUACGGUGAGGAGCCACCGGCUCCCGACGACGAGCAGGAGCAUGAACUCAAAGCCAGCACUGACGAAGACGGCCCUCCCGAGGGGGUGUACAUGGUGCAGCCUAAAGGCUGCAGUGAUGACGAGGACAAUUCUGAGGAGCCCGAGGCUCCGGCGGGCCCUCAGGAUGGCCCCUUUCACAACGACAAAGAAGCUGAAGACAGGCCUGCUAAAGACGACAACUACACGCCACCAACUGAAACCCAGAGUCGCCAAGCACCUUUCUCCUCUCCAGGAGAAGCAUCUGCCCUGCGAGACUAUGCAGCCACCACCAUGAAUGAGUUUCUUGGCAUGUUUGGUUAUGAUGACCAGCAGGUAAGGGAUGAGCUGACCAAGAAGAUCAGCUUUGAGAAGCUCAAAGCUGCUACCUCAGACCCCUCGUCCCUCAGCAGCGAUGAGGCCACGCGGCGGGCUCGCUUCUCGAAGUACGAAGAGUACAUCCGCAAGCUAAAAGCGGGGGAGACCCUACCGUGGCCGAUGCAUGCUUCCCCACCCAAACCGGAUGACCUCAACACAAAACUGUCUCAAGAGAAAAGCGCCGCCAUGUUCCAGACCUCUGGAUGCCCCCCGGGGGCUGAGGGGCAGAUCUACCCGUCCAGCAUGGACCACAAGCAGCAAGUGGCCCCUCAACUGGGCAAUUCUCGGCCUGCUAAUCCCUCUCACAUGCAGAACAUGGCACCCCGAGCCUCCAAGUAUGACUUCUUUAUUCAGAAGUUAAAGAUGGGCGAGAGUUUACAGCAGCAGAACGGCAAUGCAUACAAGCGACCCUCGAAGUACGACCUCGAGAAUGUCAAGUUCCUGCACCUCGUCAAGCCAGGUGAGGGCAACCCUGACAUGGGUGGCGCCAUUGCCUUUAAGACCGGCAAAGUGGGUCGCCCGUCCAAGUACGACGUCAGGCCGAUCCAGAAGCUGAUGCCCGGGAACCCAGAAGCGUUGCUGAUGCCCAAUGUCCUUGCAACAGCACCAGGGAACCCCGGAGCCUCCGGUGUCCCUGCAGUAGGGGCAGCGGGGACCAGCAUCGCCCCCGGACUCACCAUGGACCAGGCCGGAUCUCUGAACUUUAGCGCUGCUGACUACCUAAAAUCCAGUUUUUCCAAGACUGACUCCAUCACCACCGGGACCGUGUCCUCCGUUAAGAACGGUCUGCCACCAGAUAAACCCACAACCGAUGAUGUCAACCUAUACCAGAAAUAUAUUGCCAGAUUCUCUGGAAGUCAACACUGUGGUCAUGUGCACUGUGCCUACCAGUACAGAGAGCAUUAUCACUGCAUGGACCCUGAUUGUAACUACCAGGUCAGCAGGUUUACCAGUAAACAGGAUGUAAUCAGGCACUACAACAUGCACAAGAAGAGGGACAACUCCCUGCAGCACGGCUUCAUGCGCUUCAGCCCCCUGGACGACUGCAGCGUCUACUACCAUGGCUGCCACCUCAAUGGAAAAAGCACCCAUUACCACUGCAUGCAGGUGGGGUGCAGCAAAGUGUACACCAGCACCUCCGAUGUCAUGACCCACGAGAACUUCCACAAAAAGAAUGCCCAACUGAUCAACGACGGCUUCCAGAGAUUCCGCGCCACUGAGGACUGCGGCACGGUCGGCUGUCAGUUUUACGGACAGAAGACGACACACUUCCACUGCAGGCGCCCAGGUUGUACGUUCACUUUCAAGAACAAAUGUGACAUUGAGAAGCACAAGAGCUAUCACAUCAAGGAUGAUGCCUAUGCCAAGGAUGGCUUCAAGAAGUUCUACAAGUAUGAGGAAUGCAAGUAUGAAGGCUGUGUGUACAGCAAAGCCACCAACCACUUCCACUGUAUCCGAUCGGGCUGUGGUUUCACUUUUACCUCCACCAGCCAGAUGACCUCCCACAAACGCAAGCACGAGCGUCGGCACAUUCGCUCCUCUGGCGUCAUGAGCCUCUCUUCCACCUUCCUGGCUCCGAAAGACGAGCCAGAAGAAUCCAGUAACGACGAUCUGAUGGAUUUUUCCGCCAUUAGCAGCAAGAACUCCAGCUUGAGUGCCUCCCCCACAACCCAGCAGUCCACCACUGUACCACACCUGUUGACCACGCCCACCACUGCUGUCUCCUCCUCUUCCUCAAUGUCUGGCCACACCCUCAAGCCAACUUCUUCGCUGCCCAGCACCGGCCAGCGCAUGUCCAGCCUGCUGUCCCAGACCUUACCCAGCAACGUGCCGGUGGCGCUCGCUCUCUCCAACAACGCCUUGACCUCCUCCAACCCAUUCUUCUCCCUCAUGCCCCGGCUGCCCCUUCAGCCGACUCCCCCGGCCCCAAGUCUGAUUUCAGCCACCUCCUCCGGGGCCCACUCCAUGCCCACCAACUCACUGACCCAGGGCUGCUCCGCGGUGGUGGGAGAUCCAACCAUGGCGUCCACCCCGACGUCUUUCUCAACCUCUUCCAUCAUGGAGAAGAUCUCUGCCAGCAAGGGGCUCAUUUCCCCCAUGAUGGCCAGACUUGCAGCUGCUGCACUGAAGCCCUCCAGCAACCCAGAGACAGGGAACGGGCAGCCGGCCUCAGCCAGCCAGUUCAAUCUGGUUCAAGUGAAGCAGGAGCCGGUGGAAGUCAACUCUGGAGCUUCCCAGGACUCACAGGAGCACAGCCUGGACUUGAGCAAGAAAGACCACAGUAAUGAAUCAAACGGACACCCUGUACCAGGGAAUACAUCUCUUUUAUCCUCGCUUAUGAAUAAGAUGUCACAGGCAAACCCUGCCCUCUUCAGUGCCAUGAACCUGAAGACUGAGCUGGAGGGGGGCCAGGGCAGCGACACCUCUGAGGCGGCCCAGUACCUAAACAGAGUGCUGAAGAGGCCCCAGCCUGAAAAGCCCACAGAGAUCUGGAGGACAUACCUCCGCAGGUUUGACACAGACGACUUCUGUGAAGCUCGCUGCGACUUUCUUCAGAAGGUGCACUUUCACUGCCUGAUCGAGGACUGCGGCGCCCUCUUCAGCACUGUGGACGGGGCCAUAAAACAUGCUAACUUCCACCUCCGAGCCACCAUGAAAGUGAAGUCAGAGCCUCCGUUCGGUGACGGCAAGGAGUCCAGCGGCGAAGCGCCUCUGCAGCCUGUCGCCCCAGUCUCCAUGGCCAACAAUCCCUCCAUGGAUGUUGCCCAUCUCCCAUCCUCUGGAGGUUACAGCUCUCCCCCUCCCUCCCUGCUGGCCUGGAAGCAGCUGACUGGCAGCAUCCCUCAGAUGCCCGCCUCCAUGCCCAACCUGCCGGCAAAUUCUCCGCUGGCAACCACCUCCCUGGAGAACUCCAAACCACAAGUCAAACCAGGUUUUCUGCAGUUCCAGGAAAAUGAUCCGUGUUUGGCUACUGACUGUAAGUACUCCAACAAGUUUCACUUCCACUGCUUGUUCGGGAACUGCAAGUACGUGUGCAAGACGUCUGGAAAGGCGGAGUCCCACUGCUUGGACCACAUCAACCCCAACAACAGCCUGGUGAACGUCCGCGACCAGUUCUCCUACUACUCCCUUCAGUGUCUCUGUCCCAACCAGCAGUGUGAGUUCCGGAUGAGGGGCCACUAUCACUGCCUGCGGCCCGGCUGCUUCUUCGUCACCAACAUCACCACCAAGCUUCCGUGGCACAUCAAGAAGCACGAGAAGGCCGAGCGCCGCGCCGCCAACGGCUUCAAAUAUUUCACCAAAAGAGAGGAGUGUGGGAGGCUAGGACAAGGCUACCCUGCCACCACUUCUGCUCCUACCACCCCUGCUGACUCUAGUGCUCCCCAAAACGCACCUCCUUCCUCCCCUCCUCCGCCACCUCCUCUGCCACCACCACUCCCUUGCUCCGCUCCUCAGCCUGGCCUGCCGUCCCAGGCUCCAUCCCUGUCUCCCGCGCUCCUCCGACCUUCUCUCCCCUCACUCCCAUACCUCCUCUCUCCAUCCUGUCUGUCAUACUCUCUGCUCAGCGCCUCUCUGGGAGCCACUCGGAGUGUUGUCAUGCCAACCAACACACCAGCUUUCAGCCCCAUCAUUGCCACUCCGUCUCCAGUUAAAAAUGACGUCCCAAUAGUGCAGGAUGCUGCAGGCAACACCAUAUCCAUUCCCACAGCCACCGGUGCAAAGAAACGCUUCUGGAUCAUCGAGGACAUGUCACCAUUCGGCAAACGCCGCAAGACGGCGUCUUCCCGCAAGAUGCUGGAUGAGGGGAUGAUGCUGGACGGCUUCCGCCGCUACGACCUGUACGAGAACUGCAAAGACGCCACCUGCCAGUUCUCCCUGAAGGUCACCCACUACCACUGCACCCGAGAGAACUGCGGCUACAAGUUCUGCGGCCGCACCCACAUGUACAAGCACGCGCAGCACCACGACCGCGUGGACAACCUGGUCCUGGACGACUUCAAGCGCUUCAAAUCCUCGCUCAGCUGCAACUUCCCUGACUGCCAGUUCUCCGGCAACAGCACCCACUUCCACUGCCUGCGCUGUGGCUUCCGCUGCACCGACAGCACCAAGGUGACGGCGCACCGCAAGCACCACGGCAAGCAAGACGUGAUCAGCGCCGCUGGCUUCUGCCAGUUCAGCUCCAGCGCUGACUGCGAGGUUCCUGACUGCAAAUAUAAGCUCAAGUGUUCACACUUUCACUGCACCUUCCCCGAGUGUAAGCACACGGUGGUGGGCAUGUCCCAGAUGGACUCCCACAAGAGAAAGCAUGAGAAGCAGGAGAGAGGCGAGCUGCCAUCCGUGUCCCCGAAACAGGAAAGCGUGCACCAUCACGCAGGGAGCGCCCUGGUCGUCCCUCCGUCCUCCAUGGCUCUUUCUACUUCCACACCCGUCGGCCUCCACGGUUUAUCCCACAGCAUCAACAGCAGCGCUCCGUCUUUGCUCUACCAACCAGGUGGCAUCAGCUCUGACUAUAACCACUCGUACGCGCCGUCUUCCAUCAGCCUGGACAGCUCCCUCAACCUGAGCACCGACACCAACACCUCCCUGUUCUUCCUGAAGAACGCCGCCGGCCUGGGGCUCAGCGACUCGCUGGACCUCAGCAAGAAGAUGCAGCACUGCGCCGCGCGGCCGGGCCACAACCCCGCGCUGUCGCUGGGCCUGCCCACCGCGCAGGACGACACCACGGGGACGUCCGGAGAGGCCGAGGACGACCUGUCGCCGGAGGAGGAGGCGCACGCCGAAGAAGAGGACGAGGAGGACGAGGAGGAGGAGGAGGCAGAGGAUGAACUCAACACUGACUCAAACGAUGAUUCAAUGGCAGAGCCCGAUGGCGAAAAGGACAACGACGAGAGUUUUGUUGCUUCCGUUAACCACACUGAUACUUCCCAAUCAGUAAAACAAGGCGCCGGCCCUUAGAGAUGAAAAAAAACAGCAAACCCAACAGAGACUGUAUGAACUGUAGAAAAAUCCUGUGUACUAUGAAUAAACAUGAAAGUGGCCUCAUUCAUCAUGUCUAAAGACUUCAGACGACAAAACCAACAAAAAAACAACAAAAAAAAAGCAGCAUGGAGAAAAUGACGGCCCAAAAUGAUUUAUCUUGAUGUUUACAAGAUGACCAACAUUAUUAAUUCAAUUAUGCAUUAAAAAAUAUGAACAGAGACACACAGAGUUAGGCCCUGUUUUACAUGUGGGGCAGCAAUGUAAAGCAUUUUACUACACAUCAGUCUUUUUGAGUGCGUGCAUGUUUGACUUUAAUUUAUUUUUAUUUUUUUCACUUUUUCUGUGUGGAAAAAAAAGUCACAUUAGAAAAACGAAAAGAAAUCUCUCUAUAUAAACUAUGUGUAAGUGUGUGUGUGAAUGCGUGUGUGAACAACGGUGUACAAAAGGAAAUUACUGGCACAGGUGACAGAAAAAUGCAGGAUACAUAGAAAAAAAGGGGCAUGAAUCACUAACGGAAACAUUUACUCAUUUUUUUCCUUUAAUAUUAUUAUUAAUAUUAUUGUUUUUUAUUAUUAUUAAUAUUAUUGUUAGACACUGAGACGAGAACUUGACAUUUUAUGUGUUCUUGUCUCUUUGGAUUUUUUUUUUUUUUUUUGUAGUUAACACAUGGAAUUGACCAGUAAGUCUUUGGUCAGUCUCAGCUGCACUUAGGCGUCCAGCAAGCUGCCAGCCUCAACUGUUCUCUCAGCUAUCGAAGCUCAGCCCUCGUCUUCUUUCCUGUGUGGAGGAAUCCAGUUUGUGCGUGGAGAGUGCACUUUCACAAGAGCUGACCACAGCUAGAAAACUCAUUCUCAAAAAAAA